GGAAAGGGCGAGAAAGCAAAAAAACAUAAAUAACGAGAGAGAGAGAGAGAGAUGUACUGUUUUGAUCCGCUGACCCUUUGAUAAUACAGGAAGGACUCGAGGCGGAGAGCAGAGAGGUUUCCCGAUAACAGCUGGGGGGAGAUCCCCGCCUGCCCGCUUCCUACCGCCGCAUACCGGCGAUAAGGCGAGACCAAACGCUUUAGAGAAGGAACUGCAGAAAAGCUGCGCCUGCACUACAGGGUUCGAACUAAACCCUGAGCGUGAUCUACAGGACAAACGCUAAACUAACACAACACAGUACAAAUUGCAGGAGGAACGGAAUGACAUGGUCAGAUCCAGAUCCAGCGUUGACUAAUCACAAAAAAGCGGCCCACUUCAGACGGGCUUGGGGCGUAGCAGUGAGAGUAAUGCUCUGUGAGUGAUGACUUACUCUCGACAUGCCUCCGGGAGUCACAGUGAUUUCACUACUUUCCUCAUACAGGCAUACAGUCAGCUGGUUAUGAACUCGAUGACCACUGGUCAAAUUGCACGAGCAGCAGCGCUCUACUCAGUCUGCUACUCAGAACCAUCAUGUUCGACAGAACUGCAGCUGUAUGUAUUCUAGCGCGCUGUGAGCUACAGCUGAUAGCACGAUGGUUUCGCUUCGUAAGCUCAUAGCAACUAUAUAAUCGUGUGAAAAGGGGAAGCCCCUAGUGUGUGCGCGCGCGCGUGUGUGUGUGUUUGUACAAGAGAGAGAGCGAGAGAGAAGCUGACUUCAGACUAAUCGAGGACAUCUCAGCAGUGUGCAGUGUUUUCAACCUGGUCUCAUUCUACACUGAGCACUGAGCAUUAGCUUCUAGCAAAGCGGUGUACUUUCUUAUACAUUCGCGAUCACAGCAUAGAGCAGCUUUGUGAGAAUGAGAAGGGUUUUUUGUGCCAUUGGGUUUUCACUAGGUUAGUGAACGUCUGCUGUUGAAGGCUUUUCGUGGCUUAGUUCUGAGUGCUACACUAAUUAAAAUAGUCCAUCAGACUGAAAAAAGGAAGCUUGUAUUGUCAGUUCGGUCUUUUUUCUUCUUUAUUUUAUCAAACAGCAGCUAUAACACAGACUCAAUGCCAUGGGCUGUCCUGAACAGCUGCUGCUGUGUGGACGGGUAGAAGUGUGCUAAGAUGCCGGCGGGUUGACUUUAGAGCGAGAGUUUUCUGACCAUGACCAUGAGCGGUGACCGCACCGAGCCGUCUGCGCCGCUCGACCUGCGGACCAAAGGCAGAGAGCGCGUUGGCGGCGGCGGCGGAGGCAGUCAAGGGAAGGCGGACAGCAGCAUGAGAAGCUCCCCUGCAGCGUCUCCCGCCGUUAAAGCGGACAGCGGCGCGCAGGGGGGCACCGUGCCCUCCCAAAUGAAAUGCGCCAGUGAGCCAGUGAAGUCAUCUGCCUUCAAACUUCCGAUAAGAAAACGGCCCUUACCGGUGGACUCAACAGCCGCUGGCUCGGAGGCAGAGUCGCAGACAAACUCUAUAGGAACCCCUAGUCCCGCGAAAGUGGCCAGGUGCAGCAGCGCGCGCAACGGACUGAACGCAGACCUGCGGACGCAACGCAUCACGCCGAGUCCGUUGGCAGCAGGGGCGCACGGACACAGCCACGACCACCUACAGCGCAGCGCCCAAGGACACUGCAUCAUCACAGAAUAUGCGUACUUCUCAUCUUAUCCAUGUGCAAGCAUCCCCCAUCAUCUCUAUGAGGAUGCCGAUCGGCUGCUGACAGAAGUUGCUUUGGCAAUACGCCAGGACGAAGAUGGCGACACGGCUCUGCACAUUGCUGUGGUUCAGGAGAAGGAGGCAGUAGUUCGCAGGCUGAUCCACGUUUUAUGCCGGGCUUGCAAAGACAUCGACUUAUAUAAUAACCUAAGACAGACUCCUCUACAUUUGGCUGUAAUCACUCACCAACCUGCUGUGGUGGAGGCUCUCCUGCAGGGUGGAGCUGACCCUGGAGCACUGGACCGUAAUGGACAGAACGCACUGCAUCUUUGUUGUGAACACAGUCAGGACAGGUGCCUGUCUGUAAUUCUGGCUCACCUUGCCCACUCCCCAUGCUGCCCCUCUGCCUUCCUGGACAGCAGGAACUAUGAGGGCUUGACCCCUCUCCACCUUGCUGUUCAAGAAGGAAAUAAAAAGCUGGCCAAAAUGUUACUGGACAGUGGCGCUGACAUCAAUGCAGUGGACAUUAAGAGUGGCCGCAGUCCUCUGAUACAUGCUGUGGAGAACAACUGUAUGGAGAUGGUCAACUUUCUCAUUGAGAAUGGCUGUAAUGUGAAUGCACAGUCAUACAGUGGUAACACAGCACUCCACAGUGCCUGUGGCCGUGGUGAGGUAGAGGCUGUCAGAGUACUUCUGAAGAAUGGUGCUGACAGCAGUUUAAAGAACUACCACAAUGACACUGCUGUCAUGGUGGCCAAAAACAAGAAGGUUUCUGAUGUGCUGCGUGGGAAGACUACUCGGGGCCACACUCUGAAAACUCAGCACAGUUUUAACGGUGCUCCAUCUCCAAACAGUUUGAGCCAUUCUCCACUGGCCACUCCCAACCUUCACCGAAGUGCCUCUGUCUCUCCUUUAGCUUCACGUAUACACUCACCACACAGUCAGUCUGGUGAAAGCAUAUCAGGAAACCAGUCACCAACAGAAACUCAGGAAAAAGAUGACUUACAAAGGAGACUAAGGACAUUUCACGAUGUGGCAGCAGAUAACAGAGCAGACUAUGGGAUGUCUGUUCAUUCUUUUCCCUAUUUCCCCACACCUCGCUAUGACACCCUUAUGCCUUCUGUUAAUGUUCUGUCAGGUCAUACUGCUUACUAUCCAACUGCUUUGCAAAGACAUCCUUAUCCCACUGACACACAAUUCAUCCUCUUACCAGCUAGUCUUGGAAGAAGUGAGCCACUUGUUUCUCACAGCCUACCCCCAACAUCCAUUGUCACACAGUCACGGCCCUCCAGUCAUAACAGCGACCAAUCAGAUGCGUCUAAUAUGAGUGUGAGCAGUGAGGGAAAAGGCAUAAGCUGAUUAUGACCAACUAUAACCUUCUGCUUUGGUGGAUAAGGAGUGUGAGUAGAUGUGGCAGGCCCAUCUUACAAGAUAUUUUUUAUUCACUGUAGCCUGUAAUUUAUGGUUUAUAAAUGUUUGUAUUUCGAAAACAUUGUUAGUCGUUGUUAACAUUGAGAGAAGAAAAGUAGUUUCAUCUGAAAGUCCAUUGUGUAUAAUCAUACAUCAAUCAUACCAUAACAAUAAGCACUGACUGUUCAUAUAUUUAUUAAAGUUACAGCUGUGAAGGUGCAUCAUUUAUGAAAUGAUGUGAUUAUGAUAUGAAUUCUCACUGAUUCUAGGUUCACUGAAAAUUUAUGCUUUUUCAGUAAUUUGUGUGGAAAGUCCCUCCAUAACAGUUACUGAUUGUGAAAUAGCUUUUUGUGCAUGUAGUUAUGAACUCUGAAAUGAAUAUGUAAAUAUAGAAACGUCAAUUACUGAGAUGGAAAAUAAAUUUUUUUCCAGAUUUUCA